AAUAAAAAAGACAAAGAAAGAAAAACAUAAUUUUCGAUCUUUUCACACAAAAAAAUAAACGGAAUCUCAGUCAAUAAUAAUUUAUGUGAUUAAAUAGCAAACAAAUAAAAACGUGUCGAUCGGCACGAGAUUUCAAAAUCAAUUUCAGAUCCGAAAAAAACAAAAAACAAAACAAAAAAAAAACAUAGUGUCUUGGCAUGCAGAUCGAAGAAGUCAGUGUCUUUGCAAACAUAGAGCCCUAUCGGUAUUAUCAGAUGUCGAGACGUUUAUCAUCUCCUUUGCAUAUCACGUGUUUGGCCUUGGCCAAUAACCUCCCGAUCUCGGAGCACUCUGGUGUGCUGGUAUCGUUACUCAGCCCUGGGUCCCUGUCUCGGCUCAGUCGAGGGGAUUUAUGAAAAAGAGCUGCUCCUCUCCUCCCAUGUAGGACAUGCUAUGACCGCCUCGUUACUCCUCGGCUCGCCCUGGAUCGACCCGGUCAUGUUCCUUUACGACGGCGGCUCGCAAGAGGAGAGAAGCAAGAACAUGGAAGGCUUCACAGGUGGGAACUUCGCAGCAAACCAGUGCAGGAAUCUGUUGGCGCAUCCAACCUCACUGGCUCCCAGCACCACCUACGCUGCAAGCGAUGUGCCAGUCUCUGGGGUGGGGGAGCCUGGCAAGCAGUGCAGCCCCUGCUCUGCCACUCAGAGCUCGCCCAAUGCUUCUCUGCCCUACGGAUACUUUGGCAGCGGGUACUACCCAUGCAGGGUGUCACACGGCGGCGUCAAGGCGUGCGCGCAGCCCUCCGGUUAUGGAGAGAAAUACGCGGACUCUUCUGUCUCCGGUGAGGCGAAGGAGUUUGCCUUCUACCAGGGAUAUUCCUCCAGCCCCUACCAGACCAGCUACCUGGAUGUGCCGGUGGUACCUGCGCUGAGUGCGCCACCCGAGCCAAGAGAGUCUCUGCUGCCCAUGGAGCCCUAUCAGCCCUGGGCCAUCACUAACGGAUGGAGUGGUCAGGUUUACUGCACCAAGGAGCAAUCACAGGCAAACUCUCUGUGGAAAUCCUCAUUACAAGACUCCUUAUCUGGCGGUAUGGACAGCUCGGUCCGUCGUGGGAGAAAGAAACGCGUGCCAUACACAAAGGUGCAACUCAAAGAAUUGGAGAGGGAGUACGCCACCAACAAAUUCAUCACCAAGGACAAAAGGAGACGGAUAUCCGCGCAGACGAACCUGACAGAGAGACAAGUGACGAUCUGGUUCCAGAACAGGCGUGUAAAGGAGAAAAAAGUUGUCAAUAAGUUCAAGAGCUCUAGUUAGCUCUGGAGACAUUCCCAAGACGUGGAAGGCGGACAUGGGUGCGCUUUCAACAGUGGAAGAAAAAAAGAAAAAAAGAAAAAAGAAAAAGAUAGAAAACUGUGCUAUAAUUUAUUCCAUUUAUGAACUGUUACACACUGUCGCCGGAACGGCUCUGGUUUGAACUAUAACGUUUCCUUCCUCGUUUUAAUUGGAACCAGUCCGUGGGGCCUGUUGGCAGAAGGUCGGAAGAGAUGUAGAGUUUGAAGCGAUUUUGCGGGACGUUUCAGUAGUCACCAUCCUGACGAGCAUUCUGACAAAUAUUCUGCGUUGACUUUGGUGAACCACCAGCAAAUUGUGCGCAUUUUCCUUUUAAUAAGAAAAUAUAAGGCUGAAGCGCAAGAAUGAAAAAGAAAAAAAAAACAAAAAAC